AUGGGACAAGAUCCCUCCAAAGGCUCUUUCUCCGAGUCAACAACUAACAACAGCACUUCACGAGCCAAUACAGGAUCACCAUUAUCAUCAUCACCAACUACUCAAAUUCCAUAUACAUCAUUUUCUGUUCCGAAAAUUCAAGGAGCUUCUUCUAACGCUCUCCGAAAAUUAUCCUUGUUGACGAAUCGAGUUGUAGCAACUCCUGUAGAUCAGCAGAAAAAGGAACAAUUAAAUACACCAACCAAAAAAGCUGGUGAUGAUAUCAUUUCAGUGGUGACUUUAAACGGACAAGGAGAAGUGAAAGUUGAUGACACAUAUCCAGAUGGAAUUAAUGAUGUAAUUGAAUCAAGAAAUAAUGUAGAAAAGGAUGAGUUAUUAAGAGAGUUAAAACAAUUAACAGAAUUUUAUCCCCUCAUUCGUGCAAAAGUGGAGACAACAAAUUCACCAUUAUCCAGUAUUUUAAAAUUUACAAAGAAAGAUUAUUUCACAUCAUCGAGCAAUACAAAUAAUGUUUUUACAGACCCUUCGUUAAAGGAAUUAGAUUGUAUUGACACGAAACCCUUGGUUGACAUAUGUGCUGAGUUUCAAACAAAUGCAAUGCACAACAAUCGCGCCGUGGCGUUUCGGCAAGAAGAAGUCCUAAAGUUGCUUUCACAUGCUUGUUCAAAAUCAAAUGCAACUGCCAAGUUUUUGGAAAAGAAAAAUGCAGAGCUUCAUCAUGUUGCAUCUGAACUUCGAGAUGUUGAACGACUUGAUAGAUAUGUAGAACAAACCAGAAAAUAUGUAGACUUAAUUUUAUUGCAAAUACAAGAGCUUGAGUCGUUGCUUCCUCAUUCAGUUAGAGCUCAACUUGACACGCCUCUUUUUGAAAAAUGUAAGAAUCCAUUUGAAGAAGACUCCCAAACAACAUCACUUUCGGAAUCAAAGCAAUGA